AUGGCUGAACAAGAUUGUGGGGAUAUAAAGACGACGAAGGAGAAGUGGAAAUGGUCUGAAGCUCAAAGACUCGAGCUUGUCGCGUCAGCUCAAAAGGCCGGUAAAGCCCACUUUCACGGCGGCACUGAAGCAGCUCCGGCAGCGAUGGAGGCCUCCAUAGCCGAUGGAAAGGACGGCGGCGGCGGCGGAAAGGAGAAGCCCGUCUCGGCGGUGGGGUUCGUCGAGCUCUUCCGGUUCGCGGACGGGCUGGAUUACCUGCUGAUGGCGGUCGGCACGGCCGGCGCGGUGGUCCACGGCAGCUCUCUGCCCCUGUUCCUUAGGUUUUUCGCCGAUCUUGUAAAUUCGUUCGGGUCCAACGCCGACAAUGUGGAUAAAAUGUCGCAAGAAGUUAUGAAGUACGCAAUGUACUUUCUGGUUGUCGGAGCUGCUAUAUGGGCAUCUUCAUGGGCAGAGAUAUCGUGUUGGAUGUGGACCGGAGAGCGACAAUCGACGAAAAUGAGGAUUAAGUACUUAGAAGCUGCCUUAAACCAAGACAUUCAAUACUUCGACACAGAGGUCAGAACAUCUGAUGUGGUUUUUGCCAUCAACACUGAUGCUAUUAUGGUCCAGGAUGCAAUUAGUGAAAAGUUGGGAAAUUUCUUGCACUACAUGGCAACAUGUGUAUCUGGAUUUGUGGUGGGUUUUACUGCAGUUUGGCAAUUGUCUUUGGUAACUCUUGCUGUGGUUCCGUUAAUAGCCAUAAUCGGCGGCAUUCACACGGUCACAUUAGCCAAGCUUUCGAGCAAAAGCCAAGAAGCUCUUUCACAAGCAGGAAAUAUUGCAGAACAAACGAUAGCCCAAAUUCGAACGGUUUUGGCAUUCGUGGGGGAGUCGAGGGCCUUGCAUUCUUACUCUUCAGCUUUGAGAAUUGCCCAAAAGAUUGGGUACAAAAUUGGAUUUGCUAAAGGUUUGGGGCUCGGGGCCACUUAUUUUACGGUCUUUUGCUGUUACGCGCUCUUGCUCUGGUAUGGCGGGUACUUAGUCCGACAUAAUUACACGAAUGGUGGCCUUGCAAUAGCGACAAUGUUUGCAGUCAUGAUCGGCGGGCUUUCUCUGGGGCAAUCUGCUCCGAGUAUGGCUGCGUUUGCAAAGGCACGAGUAGCAGCUGCUAAAAUUUACCGAGUUAUCGAUCACAAGCCGAGUGUUGAGAGAAAUAACGAGUCGGGUUUGGAGUUGGUAUCUGUAAAUGGACAAUUAGAGCUUAAAAAUGUGGACUUUUGCUACCCCUCGAGGCCUGAGACUCGAAUACUCAACGGUUUCUCUCUCACUGUCCCGGCUGGCAAGACGAUAGCCCUCGUCGGCAGUAGCGGCUCGGGGAAAAGUACGGUUGUGUCUCUCAUCGAGAGAUUUUACGAUCCCACUUCAGGACAAGUACUGCUAGAUGGCCAUGACAUAAAGACAUUAAAGUUGAGGUGGUUAAGGCAGCAAAUCGGGCUGGUUAGCCAAGAGCCCGCAUUAUUCGCCACGACCAUUAAAGAGAACAUACUCUUGGGAAGGCCCCACUCGAGUUUGGUCGAAAUCGAAGAGGCCGCUCGAGUAGCUAAUGCGCAUUCAUUCAUCGUCAAGCUUUCAGAUGGCUAUGACACUCAGGUUGGCGAGCGAGGUCUCCAGCUGUCGGGCGGGCAAAAGCAGAGAAUAGCCAUCGCAAGAGCGAUGCUCAAGAACCCGGCAAUCCUUCUGUUAGACGAGGCCACGAGCGCAUUGGAUUCCGAAUCGGAAAAGCUCGUCCAAGAGGCUCUCGACCGGUUCAUGAUCGGGAGGACCACUUUAGUGAUUGCCCACCGUCUCUCCACCAUUCGAAAAGCCGAUCUUGUGGCUGUCUUGCAGCAGGGCAGUUUGUCCGAAAUUGGGACUCACGACGAACUCAUCGCCCGGGGAGAAAGCAGUGUUUACAGUAAGCUUAUUCGAAUGCACGAAGCUGCUCAUGAAGCUGCAGUCAACAAUGCUAGAAGGAGCAGUGCAAGGCAGUCGAGCGCGAGAAACUCGGUGAGCUCGCCAAUCAUCACCCGAAACUCGUCCUACGGCCGUUCCCCAUACUCGAGAAGGCUUUCCGAUUUCUCGACCUCAGAUUUUAGCCUCUCGUUCGACGGAGGGUACCCGAGCUACCGACACGACAAGAAGCUCGCGUUCAAAGAGCAGGCCAGCUCGUUCUUGCGCCUCGCCAAAAUGAACUCCCCCGAGUGGGCCCACGCUCUUCUCGGCUCGAUUGGGUCCGUCGUUUGCGGCUCCCUAAGCGCCUUUUUCGCCUAUGUCCUAAGCGCUGUCCUCAGCGUUUACUAUAACCCGAACCACGCGUACAUGAUCGAACAAAUCGCGAAAUACUGCUAUCUGUUGAUUGGCGUCUCGUCGGCUGCUCUGAUAUUCAACACGUUGCAGCAUUAUUUUUGGGACACGGUCGGUGAGAAUCUGACAAGGCGGGUUCGGGAGAAGAUGCUUGAGGCCGUGAUGAGAAACGAGAUGGCGUGGUUCGACUCGGAGGAGAACGAGAGCUCGAGAGUUGCCGCCAGGCUGGCGCUCGAUGCGAACAAUGUUCGGUCGGCGAUCGGGGAUAGGAUAUCGGUUAUCAUGCAGAACUCGGCACUUAUGCUCGUUGCUUGCUCGGCCGGGUUCGUGCUGCAGUGGCGGCUCGCCCUCGUGCUCAUCGGAGUCUUCCCGGUCGUGGUUGUGGCCACCGUCUUGCAGAAAAUGUUUAUGAAUGGAUUCUCCGGCGACCUCGAGGCCGCCCACGCCAAGUCGACCCAGCUGGCAGGCGAGGCCGUCUCCAACCUGCGAACGGUCGCCGCCUUCAACUCGGAGCCCAAGAUUGCCGCCCUCUUCACCUCGAGCCUUCGGGCCCCACUCCGCCGCUCCUUCUGGAUGGGCCAGAUAGCGGGCAGCGGUUACGGGCUGGCCCAAUUUGCGCUCUACGCGUCCUACGCCCUCGGCCUCUGGUAUGCCUCGUGGCUCGUCCGCCAUGGCCUCUCCGACUUCUCCCGAGCCAUCCGUGUCUUCAUGGUCCUCAUGGUCUCGGCCAACGGCGCUGCCGAGACCCUCACCCUCGCCCCCGACUUCAUCAAAGGCGGCCGAGCCAUGCGUUCCGUCUUCGCCCUUCUCGACCGGAAAACCGAGAUCGAGCCCGACGACCCUUCCGCGGGCCUCGCCCCGGACCGGAUCCGAGGCGAGGUCGAGCUCAAGCACGUCGACUUCGCGUACCCGGCCCGGCCCGAUUUCCCCAUCCUCCGAGACCUCACCCUCCGGGCCCGCGCGGGGAGGACCCUUGCCCUCGUGGGCCCGAGCGGUUGCGGAAAAAGCUCCGUAAUCUCAUUAGUACAAAGAUUCUAUGAGCCGUCGUCCGGGCGGGUGACGAUCGACGGGAAGGACGUCCGGAAGUACAAUCUCCGGUCAUUGAGGCGCCACAUGGCGGUGGUCCCGCAAGAGCCGUGUCUAUUUUCGACCACGAUCUACGAAAACAUAGCCUACGGUCGGGAAUCCUCAUCAUCAUCGGAGGCCGAGAUAAUCGAGGCCGCCAAGCUGGCGAACGCGCACGGUUUCGUGUCGUCUUUGCCCGACGGGUACAACACAUUCGUCGGGGAGCGUGGGAUCCAGCUGUCGGGAGGGCAGAAACAAAGGAUCGCGCUUGCCCGGGCGUUUUUGAAGAAUGCAGAGAUUUUGAUGCUCGACGAAGCGACGAGCGCGCUCGAUGUCGAGUCAGAGAGGUGCGUGAUGGAGGCGCUCGAAAAGGCGUGCUCAGGAAGGACGACUAUCGUGGUGGCUCACAGGCUGUCGACUAUUAGAAACGCGCACGUGAUUGCGGUGCUGGACGAGGGGAAAGUCGUGGAACAAGGGUCGCACGGGCACUUGAUGAAGAACUAUCCCGACGGGAUAUAUGCGCGGAUGAUACAGCUGCAGAGGCUCACGCCACAUGGGCACGGGUCGGGUUCGAGUUCGUCGAAUGUGGGCUCGUGA